GCGUGACUUGGGUUCAGCGACUUUCCAGGGAUGCUUGGUUUGUGACAGAACCAGGAGGAAGACGCCGUGGUUCAUCCUCUCGUAGCUGAGCCUUCACGGUUCUCUGCAGCGUCCCAAAAGCCACAGAUGAUGAACACAUCUCAGGCAUCAGUGUCAUUCAAGGACGUGAGUGUGGAGUUCACCCUGGAGGAGUGGCAGCACGUGAGCCCUGCUCAGAGGACCUUGUACAGAGACGUGAUGCUGGAGAACUACAGCCACCUCGUCUCACUGGGGUAUUGCUUUACAAAACCAGGACUUAUCUUCAUAUUGGAACAAGGAGAAGAUCCAUGGUUGUUAGAUAAAGAAUUUCUAAGCAGGAGCUCCCCAGAAGACUUUCAACCUGAUGAAUUGUCAGAGAAGAGCCCAGAAAACCAAGACAAAUAUUUGUGGCCACUUUUAUUCACCAACAAAUCCUUGACUACAAGUCAAGAAAUUUCAUGUAAUCUGGACAUGAACCAUUUUACUGCAAGGAUGACUCCCUGUAAAUGUGGUGCUGCAGGGGCUACUUACCUGGGUGCCAGCCCACUGUCCCCACAAAGCCUCUGCUCAAGAGAAGAGGCUCAUGAGCUUAACUUAUGUGAGAAAUGGCUUCUCAAUAUUAAGAACUGCAGAACUAAUACUUGCGGGAAAGGUUUUGUUUAUAAUAAAAAUAUAAAAGCCCUUAGUCUUAAAGAACAAGUUAUCCAGCAUCAGAAAAUUCAGAACUUGGGACAAGCUUUUAAAUAUAAUGAAAGCGGAAAAGAUUUCUUUGGAAAAACUGUCCUCAUUACAUCUCAAAGUGCCCACCGAAAAGUGAAAUCUUAUAAAUUGAAUAAACCUGGGGAAAACCAAUGUGCUAAAUCAACCUUUAUUGUCUCUCAGAGUAUUCAUCCAGAGAAGAGUCACUGUGAAUUUAAUGAAAAUGGAAAUAGUUUCAAUAGGACCACUCAAAAAACUGACACAAAAGGGAAAUCUACCAGCCAAAAGUCACACAUUGGAGAUCAUGAGAGAAUUCAUACAGAGGUGAAACACGGUGCAUAUGGGAAAAAGCUUAACCAUAAUUCUGCACUCCUGCUCUGUCAGGGAACUCACACAUCAGAUCAAUCCUCUGAUGAUAGCACACGUACAGAGACAUCCACCUAUCAGCCCACUUUCAGUGUACAUCAGAGAACUAACGUAAGAGCAAAACCCAAUGAAUGUAAUGAAUAUGGAAACUGCUGCUCUUUGAAUUCCUGCGUAAUUCAUACUCAGAAAAGUCCCCCAGGAGAGAAACCUUACGAAUGUCAUGAAUGUGGGAAAGCUUUCAGUGAGAAGUCGCGCCUAAGGAAGCAUCAGAGAACCCACACAGGGGAGAAGCCGUAUAAAUGUGAAGGAUGUGAGAAAGCUUUCAGUGCCAAGUCGGGCCUACGGAUACAUCAGAGAACUCACACAGGGGAGAAACCCUUUGAAUGUAAUGACUGUGGGAAGUCCUUCAACUAUAAGUCAAUACUUAUAGUACAUCAGAGAACUCACACAGGGGAGAAACCCUUUGAAUGUAACGACUGUGGGAAGUCUUUCAGCCACAUGUCAGGCCUAAGGAAUCAUCGAAGGACUCACACAGGGGAAAGACCAUAUAAAUGUGAUGAGUGUGGGAAAGCUUUCAAACUGAAGUCAGGCCUAAGAAAACACCAUAGAACACAUACAGGGGAGAAGCCCUAUAAGUGUAGCCAGUGUGGAAAAGCUUUUGGUCAGAAAUCACAACUCAGAGGACAUCAUAGAAUUCACACUGGGGAAAAACCCUAUAAAUGUAAUCAUUGUGGGGAAGCUUUCAGUCAGAAAUCAAACCUCAGAGUGCAUCACAGAACUCAUACUGGGGAGAAACCCUAUAAGUGUGAUGAGUGUGGAAAAACUUUCAGACAGAAAUCAAACCUCAGAGGACAUCAGAGAACUCACACAGGGGAAAAACCCUACGAAUGUAGUGACUGUGGGAAAGCUUUCAGUGAGAAGUCAGUCCUAAGAAAACAUCAGAGAACUCACACAGGGGAGAAACCUUACCAUUGUAAUCAGUGUGGGGAAGCUUUUAGUCAGAAAUCAAAUCUCAGAGUCCAUCAGAGAACUCACACAGGGGAGAAACCUUAUAAAUGUGAUAAAUGUGUAAAAACUUUCAGCCAGAAAUCAAGCCUUAGAGAACAUCAGAAGUCCCACACAGAGAAUUAACUGUAUGAAUGUAAAGAGUAUGGGGAAGCUCUAGCAAUGGAUAUCAAGCCUUUCGAUAUGUAAAAGAGCACACAGGAGAACUCCUAAGAAUAUAUUAAACAAUAAAAUCCCUCUGCAAAUAUCAAACAUCAGAGAACUUAAACAAAAAAAGAAAUUCUUGAAAUACAUCUUCUAUUGCCAGUGUUUCAGCCAGAGUGCAAGUCUCAUUGGAUAUCAGAGAAUUCAACCAGGAAACACCAGAAAGUAAGGAAUGUAGGAAAUAUUCUGGAGGCCAGCGCCAUGGCUCACUUGGUUAAUCCUCCGCCUGUGGUGCCAUCAUCCCAUAUGGGCGCCGGUUUCUAGUCCCGGCUGCCCCUCUUCCAGUGCAGCUCUCUGCUGUGGCCCAGGAGGGCAGUGGAGGAUGGCCCAAGUGCUUGGGCCCUGCACCCCAUGGGAGACCAGGAGAAGCACCUGGCUCCUGCCUUCAGAUCAGCAUAGCUCCGGCUGUAGCGACUAUUUAAGGGGUGAACCAAUGGAAGGAAGACCUUUCUAUGUCUCUCUCUCUCUCUCACUGUCUAACUCUAUCUGUCAAGUAAAUUUUUAAAAAAGGAAAUAUUCUGAAUUGAAUCCUCAGGAGAUGCUUUUGGGAAGGCUCUGAGAAAGUAAUAAAAAUGUGAAACUUUUAUGUAAGGAAUCAAAACAUUAUCAGGGAAAUGGCACAAGAAAACAUAAAAUGUGUUACAACUUUAGCCACAGAGCAGCUUUCUCUAUGUAGCAUAAAAUUCAUAGAGGGCAGAGACUUCAUUGUAUAUCAGGACAGAAAAUAAAUGAAGGUUGGCCGGCACCGCAGCUCACUAGGCCAAUCCUCCGCCUGCAGCACCGGCACCCCAGGGUUCUAGUCCCGGUUGCUCCUCUUCCAGUCCAGCUCUCUGCUGUGGCCCAGGAAGGCAGUGGAGAAUGGCCCAAGUGCUUGGGCCCCUGUACCCACAUGGGAGACCAGGAGGAAGCGCCUGGCUCCUGGCUUCAGACAGCGUGCCGGCCGUAGCGGCCAUUUCGGGGGUGAACCAAUGGAAGGAAGACUUUUGUCUCUCUCUCUCUCACUGUCUAACUCUGCCUGUCCAAAAAAAAAAAAAAAAAAAGAUAAA